GCCUCUUACACUCAGCCAAGACAGAGCGCCUUUCCGGGAAACAAUCGGAAGUGGAGCCUGAAGGUUUGGUCUUUCUAGCCGAGCGCUUCAUGGCAUGACGGCCGCUGCUUAUUGCGCCUGCGCGCCACGCCCCUCCCAGCCGGAGCGCUGUUCCGGAAAUCAUAACCGGACGUGGCGUAUAACAUGGCUCUUUCUCGAGCAUGAUGGCGGCCGCCGGAAGCCCCGCCUCCCCCUUAGCAACGGCGCCCUAGCAACGGCGGCGGGAGAAGAUGGCCAUGCAGACGGAGUGGCUGGUGCCCCUGGCUCAGCCCCGGCAGAAGAAGCGGCGCUGCGAGCUCUGCCUCGGCCCCGCCAACGUCCGCUGCGCCGCCUGCUUGGUCACCUACUACUGAUCUUCCUGGCUGAAGUGACCUACGAGACGGCCCAGAAUUUUCUCAUCGAAGGCCACUACGAAGAUGCCAUCCCAGCCGCCCUGCAAUCCCUGAAAUUCAGCAUCAGCAUCUAUGGUUCCAGUGCGGUGGAGCUGGUUCCUCCCUACCUCAUCUUAGCCGAGACCAGCUUGGGCCUGGGUCACCUCUCGCAAGGCGAAGAGUACCUCUCCCAAGCCCAGUGGAUCGUCCUCAAGAACACCCACUGCAGCUACCACGUUCAGUCCAAGCUGUAUCGCAACCUGGGGCUCCUGCAUGCCGCCAAAGGGAACUUGGACGAGUCUUUGUACCACCUGGCCAACGACGUAUACUUCGCGUGUUGCGCUUUUGGGACGACGAGGAACGUGGCCGUCUCCGGAGGCUACUUCCACAUGGCCAACGUCUUCUCCCACCAGAAUAAGAUGGACAUUGUGGAUUCCUUGUAUUGUGAGGUGGUAGAUCUCUGGUACGAUCACUUCAGCCACUUCGUUGAAAUCCAGUACCAAAAACUCAUCACUCCCACAGAGAUUGACCUGCUGUCUGUGGAAGACAAGACAGAGGUGGACGUACUGGAUGACAAGGAGCAGGCUGAAGCGUCGCAGAUGCUGAACUCCAUCUUGGAUUUCCGAAACGCGUCUCUCAGGCCGCAGCUAGAGAAGGAGGCCAAAGUGCUGCACGCCUUGGCCAUGUUUCAUUUCUUGGUCCAUGAUCUGGCAAAGGCGGAUGAAUUUGUGAUGAGAUUUCUACAAACCGCACAGUCCCUGCCCAAACGUGAGCCGAACGAAUUGCUUUACCGCUUGGUCAAGCUGAUCAAAUCCAAAGAGGAGCAGGCGAAAUAGCUCUUCCCGACUCCCUCAAGGUGCUUGAGUAAACCUGGAACCGAGAAAAACGUUGAUAGAAACGGGAGCCCUCUGAAGGAGAAUCGAAGCCACCUUGAGAAAAGGAGAAUAAGGGGGGGGGGGGGGAACAUGGAAGCCAUUUCUGGAGACAGCCCCCCAAAAGGCAAUUAUUUGCCAUCAUCCCAGUAGCAGGACUUAAAAUUUAUUUUGGUUUUGGUUUGAGGCCGGGAUGAGAGUUCCCAGAGAGCCGUCAAAGACAUGGAUGGACCCAUCUAUAUGGGGAGGUGUUGUGGGGGGGGGUUGUUCACAGACACCAUCCAAAGACUCCCUUUAAUGGACUGUUCAGCCACAGGGAAGGUCUCUUUCCUCUGGUGGUUCCUUAAAUCCACCCUCUUAUUGUCCAUGUCGUUUCAAACUGACCCAGAUGGAUAUUGGGCCUCUGGCGUUUCUCAGAUGGUUUGAUGCAGCUGGUGUGUGUGGGUGUGUGUGUGCGCGGGUGCAGGCUUUCUGGUCCUGUUGAUCAGGAGAAGCGUGCUGUCUCUCGGGGUGGGGUGGGGUGUCUGUGCUGGGUCUCUGGGGGUUUUUUCCAUCUCAGGAGGAGGAGGGAGGCUAAGACCCAGCCGAGAAGUUUGAAGAACCAAGCUAAGGUCCUCCAGUGGGCACUUGUCCCCUAACCACCAUCCUGCUGCUUAAAAAGAAAUUUAGACAACCAGCAUCCUCUAAAAGACCCGGGGAAAAGUCACCACCAGGAAAUCCCUCCUUCCCCAAGUCUUAUAGACAUUGCCGGUUUUCUAAAUUUCCUGUUAAGCAGCAGGAAAACCACUCCUUUCCCUCUUCUGGGGGCUUCGCUGCUCCAUUUGUGGUGUUCUUGAUGACUUCACCUCUCCCCAAACAUCCUGAAUGACCGUCCGGAUUGGGUUAUGCGGCAAUCACUUCCCAGAAUCCCCACCUGAGGCUGCUGCCGGCUGAGGAAUUCUGGGAGUUGAAGUUUGCCUCUGCCAGGUGCCCAGACUCGAGCAGGUUUCACAAGGCGAGUAGAGAAUUUAUUUAUUUUUUUUUGCAAAUUCUCUCCACACACACCCCCCUCCCCCAACUGAAGCAACUUUGCAGGACACACAGUCCCAGCUUUUGUUUCGUUUUAUUUGAUCCAUACAAAUGUGUCCUUUCUGGCUUUCCUUCUCUCCCUUCCCGUUGGCACUUCAGAAAGGAUCCCUCCCCGUCCCCUACCCCCUCGACCUCACACAGUAACACAGCAAAACACAAAAGUUAACGUUUUAAAAAAAAUACCCUAGAAAUGUAAUUCUUUUAUUCAAGUGCGGUUGUGUGUAUGCCUUCGGUUUACAAACAGACAAAUAAAUAAAAUAUACAUAUAUUAUUAAA